AUGGCCCUUGCUCUCCAAAUAUCGAAGCAUAUGUUAAGGAAGGGAGCAUUCCCGGCAUUUUCCCAGCUAAAUGCCUGCAGAACUUUGGUCUGCUCUUCAAAUAACCUGGCGAAAUUGGGUACCGGUAUGUCUACCGAGCAUUCUUAUGCUGACUCAAGACAAAAUGGUAUUGUUUCUCACCAACCUAACAUUUGUAUUCAUGUAGCCCCACAGCCUAAUGUGACUGGAAUGAUGCUACCGUCGACUCACUGGACGAUUGAGAGGGUUGUUGCCAUCUCAAUGCUCCCUAUGUACCCGAUCGCCCUAAUGUUGGAACCUUAUGGGUCGGAGUACAUUGUCGCAGCGGCAGUUUCUCUGCAUGCGUACUGGGGUUUCAAUGGCGUGAUCCGCGACUAUAUCAUGGAACGGAGGUACGGACCCACCCUCCAGCCUGUCCUACAGAUGAUCUGGAAAGUCUUCUGCGCCGCUGGCUUUGCCGGCUUCUGUUACUUCAACUAUUACGACGUGGGCAUAAUCAAGGGAGUCAAGAAGCUAUGGCAUUUUUGA